GAAAACAGCAUGGCGGGGAAGACUGAGGUGCAAUAGCCAGCAAGUAGUUAGCUAGUAGAACAGAGAACUCUGGCGAUAUACGAAAGUCGCGGUUAUGGGGAAAACAUUGGAAAAUUAAUCUGAAAAGCAGGAUGAUGCGCAGAUCUAGGAUCAGUGUGCGGCCCAACGUGAGGCCUGGGGGUAGAGCGUCGGCCACCUCGCAGGACGGACCCGCCUUGCGGGGGGCAGCUGGCGGCUCUCAGGCAUCCAUGGGCCCCGUCCGAGCAGCGGGGGAAGAAGCGAUGGAGCCUGUAAGCACAGCGACAGCACAGAUGAGAGAGGAGCCUACUGAGGCAGCAGGAAGACUGAGCAACACAGAGGACACAGAGCCAGAAAAUGUCUCCAAUGGCCUGAAUGAGAAGGGUCAGAAUGGCGGGGCCCCUGGUGGCAGUGAGUCCCCAGGCUCUGCACCCCAGAGGAGAAAGCGUUUCUCUGCCACGCCCAACCUGGCCAAGCCCCGCGUAACCCCCACCUCUGCGCGUGCAGCAGCCAGAACUCCGAAGUCCCCUCCCCCGAAGGCAACGACCCCGCCUCCGGCCGAGACCCUGGCCCCGCCCCCUGAGGACAGCAGCACCUCCCAGGGGCUCAGGUCUACAAGGUGGCGGAGGGCCUCGGGAGGGGCAAAGGCACCGAAAACUCAGGGCAAACAGGGCCCCCUUUCGCCAGCAGGCCUAGUUUCCGGGGCCCCUCCACAAGGGAAGAAGGAGAAGGAGACACCACCCCCACUGCCAGGCAGCCAGCCCUCUGACACGGAAAAACCACCUCAGGAGGAUAUCCAGAGCGUUGGUACAAGCUCCCUCCCCGACGCUGCCCCGCUAUCUGUGACAGUCUCGCAGGGCGUCGCACCAUCAGUGAAGACAGCAUCUUCUUUACCACCGGCAGCUCCGAGCAUUGUCUCAGACCGGGAAAGGAUUGCCAAGGCCCGCAAGCUGAGAGAGCUCCUCAGGCAGGAGCUCAGAAAACAGAGGAAACGCAAGAAGGGCAAAUCCCACAUCUGUGAACACAGCAUCCCACAGGACCACAACAAAAUGACCAUGAGGGACCUCAUCUACUACCUGCCAGAGUCCAACCCCAUGAAGCCGUAUCCUGUGGAAGAGACUAGGCAGACAGAGAAAGUGAUUCCACAGUCGCCCAGCAGAGAGUUGCCGGAGAAGUCACAGGAGAGAGGGGUUGAGGUUGAGGAAGAGGACGGUGAAGAAGAGGAGACUAAUGAGCCUUCGCAGGAUGACCAGCUGGUAGUGCCCAGGGUUAAAGUGGCGGAAGACGGCACCCUUAUCCUGGAUGAGGAGAGUCUAACCGUAGAGGUCCUGCGGACGAAAGGCCCAAAUGUAGCAGAGGAAACUGACCCCAUUUUCGAGCGCGGUUCCUCAACGACCUACUCCAGCUUCAGGAAAGCUGUGUACACCAAGCCUUGGUCUAACAAAGAGACAGAGAUGUUCUUCCUGGCGAUCAGCAUGGUGGGCACAGACUUCUCCAUGAUCGGACAGCUUUUCCCCCACCGCGCCCGGACCGAGAUCAAGAAUAAAUUCAAAAAGGAAGAGAGGGAAAACUCCUGGAGGAUUGACAAGGCAUUCAAAGAGAAGCAGAGAUUUGACCUGGAUACCUUCAGUAAGCUCCUGGACCGGAUCUUAGCUGAGGAGGAGAUGAGGAGGAAAAAAUCUAAAAUCAAGAGCUCAGCAGAGACAAAGAUGCUGAAAAAAUCAAGUAAGCAGAAAGGUAAGAUGGGCUCGAGGAAGAGAGCAGCUAAGGACUGGGUUGCGGAAGAGGAGCCGGAAAGUGACACGGUGGAGGUCGACUCCGAGACGGUGGAGAAGGAGAACGAGGACUGCUCCAAUGUCGCGGAGCUGGGGGACAACGCCGCAGCCGCCAAAAGCAACAGGAAGAGGAGAAGCAGGGAGGAGGAAGACACCCUGUGCAAGACACCGGACGAGAGGGGCACACAGAAGGGAAAGCCAGCACAUGCAGGUGAGACUAUCCUCAUUGAGGAAUGUGAAGAUGCUGAUAGUGAAUGUCCACCGGCUGCUGAGCAGAUAGACAGGCUAAAGAGGCCAGGUGGCUCUGUUCAGGAGAGGGCAGGGCCUGUGAUCAAGCCAGCCCAGCUCUCGAGGGGGCGCCUCCAGAGACCCACCCCUAACCUGGGAGCCAGGUGGGCCAAGAAGACCCCGCAGCCAGCGGAGAAGGCCGGAGAGGGCACAGGCAGAAAGGAAGGCACAGACAACAGCGAGUCACAGGGCGGUACUGCGGCCGACACCCCAGAGGGAAGGACAUUGGAGGGAGGUGGGAGGAGCACCAACAGCAGUGCCUCUGCAGAGGAGCAGGAAGAGGAGGAGCCUGGUCUCACAACCACUCAGGAGUCAAAGCUGAGCACGCCCACCAGUUCCAGAAGAACGCCCAGAUUGUGCCAUCUCCCGAAGCAGGCCAGGCAGGAGGAGUCGGGCACAGAGUCCACGCCCGCCGCCCCCUCGCAUUGUGGGAAGGCUGCCUCCAGAGGGCGGGGUGCGCAGCCCUGCGGGCGGGGCAGGAGAGGCAGGCCCAGGCCCAACCUUGCCGCAGGCCAGAGGAGUGGCCGGCCGGGAAAACCCAAACUGGUAACACUCCGGGCGGCACCGUCGGACGACAACGAGGAGGAGGAGCAGGAAGACACCCAGCCCGAGGAGGACUUCCGCUAUCCCAUAAACCCUGAGGAGCAGAACCAGGCGCCCGCCUUUGUGCCCCUGAGCGUGCGCUCCCCACAGCCCGUGCCUAUGGAGGUGGUGGAGACCAUGGAAGAGCUUGAGAUUUCGGUGGUGGGCUCAGCUGAGCCCGAGCACGCCCCCUGCCCUCAGCCCGAGUGCCAGGGGGCACCGGAGGAGGGCCUGGUGCCCGCUGAGCAUCAGCUGGACUUGCUGGUUGACGUGAUCGAGUUCCUGUCCCCGGAGCACGUGGAAGGGUCUGAAGAGAGCUACAACGAGGCGGCCAGGACCCUGCUGACAAUACGGAACCCGGAGCUCCUCUCGCUGGCUGCUCCCGGAUACAGCACAGAAGUUGUCAUCUCCGAGGAGUCUCCACACGAGGCCUCGCUAGAGGAGGAGGAGGAGGAGGAGGAGUCGAGGCCUACGCCCACGUCCAAGCAGGUCGAGCAACCUCAGCGCAGCAUGGGGUCCACUCAGGCCGUGACCUCUGACCUCUCCGUCACCUUGGGGUCUGUCGCGCAGUCGGAGCCCGACGUGGAGGGCGAGCGGUUCACUGCUGACGUGGAGUCUGAGACAGGGACAGAACCCAGCGUAAAGCCGCGGAGCUGUGACACCGCUGGCCCAGAAGGCUCUGUUGUAAGCACUGAGCCUCACCAACAGGAAGGACCUGCAGCUGCAGCCAGCGCGGGAGGUCCUAGCAGAGCUGUAGGUCCAAAGUCAUCAGUCCAGAGUGUCCCACAGGGCAGGAGGAGCCGUUUCCCCAAACCCAAACCCAACCUGGUCCGCACUGCCCGGGCCCCCCGCACCCCCCCGGGCCAGCACACUGGAACCUCAGCUGCCAUUGCUGCUGUUGAGCCAGAGUCUCUGAAUACCAUUGAAGUGGAGAGACGAGAAUCGGACAGAGUCGCAGCAGGAAGGGACGCGGAUAAACAGGAGACUGAAGGAUCAGGAGAGGAAACUCAGAGACAGGAUGAGGAGCUGAGUGUGGGAGAUUGUCAGGAAGGCACUUCACAGUCUGAAUCUUCCGCCCCGAGUAUUGUUCGGGGCGGACGAAGGCAGCUCACCAAACCCAGACCAAUUCUGGACCGUGCUCUACAUAACCCUCGCCUCCCCCUGACCCAAAACGCUGCAGCCCCCAUCACAGUAGAUGAACGUGUUGGUGCUCCUGGGGACUCUGAAGGCCAGAGGCCCAGAGAAGAGGAGCUCUCAUCCUGCACCAUCAGCAACAGGAAAGCAGAUCUGGGAGAUGAAGGCCAAGGCAGAGCUUCAGCUGAGGAGAGCCGGACAGGAGCGCAAGCUCAGAUGAAAACUAUGGUGGAAAUUCAGAUGGAGGAAACGGACAUGACUUGCAGUACAAUGACUGUAGAGGAGAGCGGCCCUGCAGAUAGAGAGAAGACCCAGGAAACACCAGCCAGCUUUGACUCAGCACAGGAAGUGAACAGCAUCCACAUUGAAGAUGACCUCAGCACUGCCAUCUCCAGCCAGACCACAGAGGGAGUCUCGGUGACGGCCGACUUCCAGCCGUCCACAUUCUUCCUGACACUUUUUGAGGUGUCCCCGCCUCCGAUUAGUGACUUCCAGUCCGUCGCUGACCCGAUGGGCGUGGUCACUGCUGAGCUUAUCUCUCCAUUGGUGUUCGUAGAGGAGCAACCGUCACUGUCCACCCAGUCAGAGACCCAGAGCUAUGACCCACUGAACAUGGCGGCGGCUGAGCUGGGGGCAGGGUGUGGCCAGGUGUCCCACCUGGUGAACUGCGAUCCCCUUGUGCCUGUCCCAGUGGAGCCGGGAGAGGUGUCAGGUUACAGCUCCCUGAGGGUGAGGGAAGCUUCCUCUACAGAUGUCACGAAGCACAGUGUGGAGAAUGUAGAAGACUUACAUGAGGACAAGAGCAUCAGCCUCAGUCUCGUGGUGGAGGAGUCAUGUGCCUCAGAUGUUGAGGUGAAGCGUUCGAGCAAGCGGGCCGCCCCUCCGUGUAAGAGGAGGAGAAUGCCAGACCGGUCCAAAGGUGACCUUUGUUUGCAAUCAGGUAACCAGCAGGUGAAGCCCAACACAUCUGAGGAGGAACCUGCAGAGUCCACAGAAGGGGAUCCGCGUGUCCUCAGGAACGAACAUCCACCACGCUCCCCAGGCCAAACCCCGCCACCCCACUGUCCUGCAGCCCAGUGCAACCACACAGAGCCAACAGCAGCACCGCAGACAUGUGCUGCAGAGGAGGUGCCCCGGGGAACUGUGGGAUACUCAGUCCACCCACAGCUGGACAGGGACAGUGCUGGCCAAACGGAGAGCACAGAAAGCAGCACCUCAGGAGAAGAGCCACAGAGCAGCCACCAAACCCUGCCUCAGACCAGCGAUGGCCCACUGACAAGGACUGGACGGAAGCCCAAAGGAUUCUUGUCUUUUAUCUCCAACAAGAGCACCCCUGGACCUGCAGGCGCUCCCCGCACCUUCAGGCCUGCAUCUCAGAGGCCCCAGGUCAACACCUCCCGCAUCGAGAGGAGGAGGCCUGCCCCUGUGGCCCUGGGGAUUCCGUCUACAGACCCAUCCUCUGUCAGCGCUCCACCCUCUAAAGUCAGAGCCACUGCCUCCCAGGGUGCGUCUGCCCCACAGUUGGCUCCCUCUCAAGACUCCAGAUCUCCUCAGAGUGAGGCCCCCUGUGUCAAAGCAUCAAAGACCGACCAAGAGCCCACCAAUGUGUCAGAGUACUUCUUCAGUGAUAUCUUCACACAGGUGGAGGAGCUGGACUGACACCACGGCAGGCAAGCUGGUCUCUGACCAGCACCUGAGGGGGCUCUGCAUCUGAGUCCUGCCCAAACUCUAGUCUGUUUACCUGUCUGACCUUGCUGCUGGGACUGUACUGGCCAGAGCGGGACCAUCCCCACAAAACACACGGACACGCACACACUCUGCUC